GAUCAGCUGUGUCCAAUCCAGCUGAUCAGAUCUUUCCGCGGCGGGGACAUGUACACUGCUCAUCAGGGCACUGAUGAUCAGUGUGCCCUGAUGAUCAGUGUAGCCCUGGCAGUGCCACCUGUCAGUGUCCAUCAGUGCCUUUGUGUCAGUGCUCAUCAGUACCACACACGUGCCAGUGCUCAUCAGUGCCACAUCAAUGCCACAUAUCAGUGCAUACCAGAGCACAUCAAUGCCACAUAUCAGUGCCCAUCUGAGCUGCCUUUCAGUGUCACCCAUCAGUGCCAGUUUGCCCCCACCCUAUCAAUGCCAAUCAGUGCUGCCAAUCAUUGCCACCUAUCAGUCAGUCAGUGCCCA